AUGGGACGUUCUUCCCACGGUGCAGUCAUAUGUGCUGUCAAGGCUUUCUUUAGUCACGUGGUCAACAGAGACAUGGGAGAGAUUGUCAGCAACUUUGGAGGCUUCUACAGAGAGCUCACCAGUGACAGGCAGCUCUGCCGGACUGGACCAGAGAAGGGUGCUGUGCACUUGGCCAUCGCUGCUGUCCUGAAUGCUCUGUGGGCCAAGCAAGAGGGAAAGUCAUCCAUGAAUCCGGAUGCCAAACAACCACCAUUCUGCAUGGAUUUCAGAUAUACUGCUGAUGUGCUAACAGAUGAAGAAGCUUAUGAAAUACUCCAAAAUGGCCUGCUUGGGAAAAAGUAAAGGGAAGAGCAAAUGUUGAAGCAUGGAUAUCCGGCUUAUACAAGAUCCUGUGCCUGCCUGGGCUACUCAGACAGCAAACUUCUGGUUGCCUUGGCUGUGGGGGAUACUCUGAAACUGUCAGCAGCAGAGGGCCCUUACCUUCCUUUGUUCAAAGUAAAGGUGGGUGCAGAUCUGCAGGAUGAUAUCUGCAGAUGCAGAUUUAUACGAGAAAUGACUGGCCCGGACAAAAUAAUGAUGCUGAAUGCAAACCAACAAUGGGAACUAAAGGAAGCAAUAGAUGGGUCACUAACAGCUGAGUUUAAAUCCUCGUGGGUUAAGGAGCCAGCUUUUCCAGGUGAGGAUAUGCAUGUCCAGAUGGGAGAUGCAACCAUUCCAACAGCCUUAGCACCGUUAGGAGUUGGUGUGGCAACCAGAGAACAGGUCUUUUCAUUUUUUCCCUUACAAUGCCACAACAGAGUGAUAUUUAAACAGCUUCUACAAGCUAAGGCCUUGAGUUAUCUCCAAAUUGACAGCUGCAGGCUGGGAAGUGUGAAUGAAAACUUGUCUGUGUUGCUGAUGGCCAAAAAGUUCCAGACUAAGGCUCUGCAAAAUGCAGCAGGANGGGGUCUCUGUGAAUUUGUCCAGCACUUGAUAAUAUUUGAUUAUAUCCCAGUGUCUGGAAGCCUUGAAAGCAGGUUAUUUAUACAAAAUACUCCACUAGCAAUUGACUAUGGUGAUCAUUCUUUUUGUUUUUUUACUUAA